AUGGAUGCCAUUAAAGCAGUAUUCGAAGCAAAAAAGGCUGAGGGUAGUCCAGCGUUGGUGACCUUUGUCACUGCAGGAUAUCCAAAGAAAAAUGAUACCGUACCCAUCUUGCUCGCAAUGCAGGAAGGAGGUGCAGACAUCAUCGAGCUUGGUGUACCCUUUUCAGAUCCCAUCGCGGAUGGGCCUGCGAUUCAAGAAACUAAUACGGUUGCGAUUCAAAACGAUAUAGAAUAUGCUACAGUCCUCGGCCAAGUCAGAGAAGCCCGCGUUCGUGGGCUCAAAACUCCUCUGCUUCUCAUGGGCUACUACAACCCAAUGUUAGCGUAUGGAGAAGAAAAGGCCAUUCAUGAUGCACGCGAAGCUGGUGCUAACGGCUUUAUUAUGGUCGAUCUGCCACCCGAAGAGGCCAUUGGUUUCCGAGAGAAAUGUACCAAGGCAGACUUAUCAUAUGUACCACUGAUCGCACCAUCUACUACACUACACCGAAUCGAGUUCCUUUCGUCCAUUGCAGAUUCCUUUAUCUACGUCGUAUCUAAGAUGGGGACUACCGGAUCGUCUGUAGGUGGUUCUAUGAAUACCGAGCUCCCAGACAUUAUUGCUCGCGUGCGAGAAUAUGCAAAGGUUCCUCUGGCUGUUGGUUUUGGAGUAGCAACCCGUGAACAUUUCGACGCCGUCGCAGACGCAGGUGCAGACGGUGUUGUCAUCGGCAGUCGCCUGGUCACUAUCAUGAAAGAAGCACCUAAAGAUCAAGUCCCUCAGCGAGUUGAGCAGUACUGUCGCGAGAUCAGCUUGAAGGGACAACCCGUUAGAGCACGGUCCACCCCUACGUCCAAGCCAUCCACUCCAAGUGCUGGUGCGAAACCGUCGAAGCCCGUGACUUUAUCUGUAUUACCACAUCGAUUUGGCCAAUUUGGUGGGCAGUACGUUCCGGAGGCUCUCUUCGAUUGCCUUAUAGAGCUUGAGGAGGCUCACAACUCUGCGGUCAACGAUCCAGAGUUCUGGAAAGAGUUCCAGGGUCAUUAUGGAUACAUGAACCGACCAUCAAAGCUGUACUUUGCUGAAAGUUUGACAAAACAUGCAGGCGGUGCGCAGAUUUGGCUCAAGCGAGAGGAUUUGAAUCAUACUGGAUCGCAUAAAAUCAACAAUGCAAUUGGCCAGAUUUUACUGGCACGCCGAUUGGGAAAGAAGCGCAUCAUAGCAGAGACAGGUGCAGGCCAGCAUGGUGUCGCGACUGCCACGGUAUGCGCGAAAUUUGGCAUGGAGUGUAUCGUAUAUAUGGGUGCAGUCGACGUCGAACGUCAAGCUCUGAACGUUUUCCGAAUGCGCAUGUUGGGCGCAACGGUUAUCCCAGUGGAGUCGGGUUCACGUACUUUGAAAGAUGCUGUUAACGAAGCGAUGCGUGAUUGGGUAACCAACCUGUCAACCACUCAUUAUUUGGUCGGUUCCUGCAUUGGGCCACAUCCCUUCCCAACCAUUGUUCGAGACUUCCAAAAAGUAAUCGGUCAAGAAAUCAAGUCCCAGCUGCAUGAGAUCAAAGGGAAACUACCUGAUGUUGUCGUGGCGUGUGUCGGUGGUGGUAGCAAUGCCAUCGGUACCUUCUAUGAUUUCAUUCCAGACAAAAACGUUCGUUUGAUUGGAGUGGAAGCAGGCGGAGAAGGCCUUGAUGGGGAGCGUCACAGUGCUACCUUGGCAAAAGGCCAACCAGGAGUCUUGCACGGGGUGCGAACGUACAUCCUUCAAUCCACCGCAGGCCAAAUCAUAGAGACUCACUCUAUCAGUGCCGGUCUCGACUACCCCGGAGUAGGCCCUGAGCACGCGUGGCUCAAAGACUCAGGCAGAGCCGAGUACGUUGCUGCUACCGACGAGGAGGCUCUGAGAGGUUUCCGUAUGAUCACACAGCUCGAAGGGAUUAUUCCGGCCUUAGAGUCAUCGCAUGCUGUCUGGGAAGGUGUUCGUGUGGCGAAGACAUUGCCGAAGGAGAUCGAUCUUGUCAUCUGUUUAUCAGGUAGAGGAGACAAGGAUGUGGAGCAGAUAUCCCAGCUUCUUCCUGGAAAAUGGGCGGAUAAACUGGACUGGCACGUAUAG